AUGAUUUCUGCUUUCGGACUUCAGGUUCAGUCUGGCCACUUGCUCUACAGCGACUUUUUCUUCACGCUCGUGACCAGGCCCUCGAUGAGUGUGUCCCAGGAGAAGGUGUACCUCAAGCAGAAGGUGGACGCCGGGGCGGAGUUCGUCACCCAGAUGUUUCUGGACCCCGAGAUCUUCCUGGACUUCCAGAAGGCCUGCCUCAAGUACGACAAGGUGCCGAUUGUGGGCAUCACGUGCAACACCUACGGCGGCUUGGUGCGGAUGACCGAGCUACUACAGAGGCAACGAGGUCAGCGACAAGGUGGAGAACCUGUGCAAGGAGCGCGCUCUGAAGGCAUUCGGGCUGGAUGA